GAUGAGCACAUCUGGCCAAACAAUGGUCAGAAGAUGCGAAACAGACUGGCAGAAGACGUCCUUGACAAGUAAAUGCUUCAUCUGUUCAAAGCUUACCAGAAAGCUGAAGGUCGAAACGGAGAUUGCCUCAACGGUGCGAUACAGCUGCUGGAGGCAACCAGUGUUCUGAUUGCGAACUUCACCGACACACGUCCUAUAACAUCAGCAGAAGACGAUCGGCUCCAGUGCAAUGCGAGAGCACUGCAAUGGUUCACAUCGUGGAAGGACGCCGUGAUGAGCGAUCUACAGGACACUGCCAUCGUGAAGCGGAAAAAGUUGAUGUCACAGGAGACACGCUUCGACAUGAAGUCAACCAUUCUGGGCUUUGAAAGUCUUGUUCGCCGGAAACAGAAAACCCAUCCUGGCACAAGCAUAAAUGCUGCUCGAGUCAACAGCGACUCGGUCGAAAACAUCUUCUGCCAGCAGAGAGCCAUUUCGCAUGGGGCCAAUGACAACCCCAAUUACAAGCAGUUUAUGUAUGGUAUGAACACCAUCAUAUUAACCGCGGACACAGCAGUCGUUGCAACACUAGAGUAGCAGCAGAG